UAAAACCCCACCAAAGAAGAAUACUUUUUUGUAGCUAGCUAAACCUUCUUAUUAUAGCUCAGUGAGCUAACCAUCUCUGGCUAAAAUAGUCAAAUUAGUUAGCUAGAUGGAAAUUGUAACGUUAGCCAACUAGCUAGCUAACUGAAAUAAUAUUCUCCAAAAUGCAUGAUUUUUUUUAUUUUUUUUGACUGACGUAGCGUAGUUAGUUUACGUUACGUUGGUGGUAGGCAAACUUGUUUUCUUCAGCUCGAGCUGAGGGAAGUUAACUACUGUAGCUAGAUUGCUAACGUUAGCUAGUUAGCUACAAUGACAUUUUAGUGAAUUCAUGGGGGGUGGACACACAAAAUUAAAUACGUAAUUGGCUAACUGCCCCAAUUUCCAUCAAAACGUAAGUAUUGACAGUGUAUCGUUUUUAUAUUAUGCAAAUAUAAACUGCAUAGCUAACGUUAGGUCUUCAAUGUUUAUCUGCAGCAAACAUGACUAGCUGUUAGCUAGGUAGCUAACGUCAGCUGAUUAUAGCUAGCCAGCCAAUAGCCAAACGUUCGUAGGUAGACCGCUGACUAGCUUGUCUGUCGCUUAAUAGAUUCAAACGAAAUAUAGCCUUCUUCUUGUAAAUAAAAGGAUCUGGAAAUAAAGUAUCUAGCCAGCUAACAAACAGUUGCUACUCUCUCAAACGUUAGUUUGAUGAAUCCAUUCCAGUUCAGCUACCUAACUUUAGCUAGCCCAGAUCCUCCUGUCACAAAGGUAACAUAGUUAGCUAGUGUGAUUGAAAGAUUACUUUAUUUUGCUCAAUAUGUACUAUAUAUGGGCGUUUAAACAACUAGGUCCCAGAGUUUUUCCUGCUCAGGUCUUGUGGUCGGGAAAAACUAUUGUCCCUAUCAUGCCAGUCUUUACUCCUCCUCUCAGGUCCACCGCCAAUACCAAGCAAGUUAUGUCAUUACCUACAUUAGAAUGUUAAUAUACCUCGUAGAUAAAUUGUCUGACCUACCCUGAUCACUCACAUUGUCCAGUGACUGACUGCCAGACCCAGUGUUUUAUUCCCAUAUUCCCUCACACACCCAGCCUGAUAAGCGUCCACUGAAUGCCAGUGUGUAUUGUUUUUACUGAUUCCAUUGUCACAGUAAACACAUUAUUGGAAGUGUUGACAGUGUUAGUUAGAUAUGAUGUAAUAUUCUGCUUUAUUCUCCUUCCCUCAGACCCAUGGCAAAGUGGUUAAAGGACUACCUGAACUUCGGCAGCCGGCGUGACGCCCCCCAGCCUCCGCGUCCUGACUACACAGAGAGUGAGAUCCUGAGGGCGUACAGAGCCCAGAAAGACCUGGACUUUGAAGACCCCUACCAGAGCGCAGAGAAACCACAAAAUGGCUGCUACGGUGGCUGUAGUGGGACAGUAAGCCUGCAUGCGUUGCCCGCCUUUGCUUCUGUGCUUCCCAACGAUGCAGAGGUGGGCAAUGUUAUGUCUUAUAGGGCAUGAACAUGUUGUGUUAUGACUGUGUUACUACAGCAGAGGAGGCUGGUUGGCUGAGAUAUAGGAGGACGGGCUCAGUGUAAUGGCUGGAAUGGGAUGGAUGGAACAGUAUCAAACACAUGGUUUUGCAGGUGUUAUGACCAUAUUAUUACAGGUGUUUAAAGGUUGUUAUAAUGUAUUCCAGGUGAAGGUGGUGUCUCCCAAACACAGGCUGAUCAAGGUGGACUCUCAGGAGUUCAGUCACAGUAAGAGCCCCCUCAGCCCCGUCACCAUCCACCAGGAACCGGUAUGACAUGACAGUUGUUGUUUUUGUUGUUGAUCUUCUCCCUCUUUCAUGUUCUUUGUAUCCACAUGAUUCUCCUCAUUUUCUCACUAUCCCACCCACCCUACAUCACUCUCUCCAGGUGCUUCCCUCUGCUCCUGCAGCAGUAGGGGACUCAGACACUGACUACUCGGACCCGUUUGACGCCAGACCAGUUCCACGGCUAAGAGCAGAUUGGGAGCCUAGCCCCAGCCUACACCUUACCUUGGGCCCCAGCCCCAUCACCAGUCCUACCCUGGUAGCCUUCAGCCCUAACCCUAUCCUAGGUCUCAGUCUCCGUCCAGGGGACAGCAGCAGCUACAUGGAACCCUUUGAAGCCCAGAGGGUUGUCACAGGUUGGUGCUUAUAGCUGUUGCCUAGACACCCACACCUUGGACCUCACACCUGGCUGUCUAAAAUGACUGACAUACAUACUGAGAUGCAUAGACUUAUAGUUAAUUUAUUGAGUGUGUGUGUAGCGCUCCAGCAGGGCCCAGAGCGGGGCCGACCAGGAGUGGACAGUGGAAGGUCAGGGGUUGGGAUCGGAGGUCAACUCUAUGAUGACCCCUACGAUGAGAGGACUCGCCAUCGCCCCCGGGGGGCGCCACCGCAGCAGCAGGGGAGAGAGUUCCUCAGGGACGAACCGGUAACAAUCUUCAUCUUCUUCUUUUUCUCUGUUUUGGUUUCAUCAUCCUCCUACAUCCUCUUCUUCUCAUUCUCUUCCAGAGAGAGGUCAGAGAGAGCAGGCUGCCCCAGGACGAUGAGAGACCAGCUGAGGAGUACGACCAGCCCUGGGAAUGGAAGAAGGACAACAUCUCCAAAGCUCUAGCAGGUAGAUGUAUACAGUGUAUUCACCCCCCCUUGGCAUUUUUUCAAUUUUGUUGCCUUACAACCUGUAAUUAAAAUUGAUUUUUUGGUGGGUUCUAUCAUUUGAUUUACACAACAUACCUACUACUUUGAAGAUGCAAAAUAUUUUUUAUUGUGAAACAAACAAGAAAUAAGACAAAAAAACAUGUUUCGCCUUAAACCACUCGAGUGUUGCUUUAGCAGUGUGCUUAGGGUCAUUGUCCUGCUGGAAGGUGAACCUCCGUCCCAGUCUCAAAUCUCUGGAAGACUGAAACAGGUUUCCCUCAAGAAUUUCCCUGUAUUUAGCACCAUCCAUCAUUCCUUCAAUUCUGACCAGUUUCCCAGUCCCUGCCGAUGGAAAAACAUCCCCACAGCAUGAUGCUGCCACCACCAUGCUUCACUGUGGGGAUGGUUUUCUCUGGGUGAUGAGAGGGGUUGGGUUUGCGCCAGACAUAGCAUUUUCCUUGAUGGCCAAAAAGCUAAAUUUUUGUCUCAUCUGACCAGACUACCUUCUUCCAUAUGUUUGGGGAGUCUCUCACAUGCCUUUUGGCGAACACCAAAUGUGUUUGCUUAUUUUUUUCUUUAAGCAAUGGCUUUUUUCUGGCCACUCUUCCGUAAAGCCCAGCUCUGUGGAGUGUACAGCUUAAAGUGGUCCUAUGGACAGAUACUCCAAUCUCCGCUGUGGAGCUUUGCAGCUCCUUCAGGGUUAUCUUUGUCUCUUUGUUGCCUCUCUGAUUAAUGCCCUCCUUGCCUGGUCCAUGAGUUUUGGUGGGCUGCCUUCUCUUGGCAGGUUUGUUGUGGUGCCAUAUUCUUAGCAUUUUUUUAAUAAUGGAUUUAAUGGUGCUCCGUGGGAUGUUCAAAGUUUCUGAUAUUUUUUUAUAACUCAACCCUGAUCUGUACUUCUCCGCAACUUUGUCCCUGACCUGUUUGGAGAGCUCCUUGGUCUUCAUGGUGCCGCUUGCUUGGUGGUGCCCCUUGCUUAGUGGUGUUGCAGACUCUGGGGCCUUUCAAAACAGGUGUGUCUAUAUAUACUGAGAUCAUGUGACACUUAGAUUGCACACAUGUGGACUUUAUUUAACUAAGUAUGUGAUUUCUGAAGGUAAUUGGUUGCACCAGAUCUUAUUUAGGGGCUUCAUAGCAAAGGGUGUGAAUACAUAUGCACGCACCACUUUUCCGUUAUUUUUUUCAUUUCACUUCACCAAUUUGGACUAUUUUGUGUAUGUCCAUUACAUGAAAUCCAAAUAAAAAUCCAUUUAAAUUACAGGUUGUAAUGCAACAAAAUAGAAAAACGCCAAGGGGGAUGAAUACUUUUGCAAGGCACUGUAUAUACAGUGGGGGAAAAAAGUAUUUAGUCAGCCACCAAUUGUGCAAGUUCUCCCACUUAAAAAGAUGAGAGAGGCCUGUAAUUUUCAUCAUAGGUACACGUCAACUAUGACAGACAAAUUGAGAUUUUUUUUCCCAGAAAAUCACAUUGUAGGAUUUUUAAUGAAUUUAUUUGCAAAUUAUGGUGGAAAAUAAGUAUUUGGUCACCUACAAACAAGCAAGAUUUCAGGCUCUCACAGACCUGUAACUUCUUUUUAAAGAGGCUCCUCUGUCCUCCACUCGUUACCUAUAUUAAUGGCACCUGUUUGAACUUGUUAUCAAUAUAAAAGACACCUGUCCACAACCUCAAACAGUCACACUCCAAACUCCACUAUGGCCAAGACCAAAGAGCUGUCAAAGGACACCAGAAACAAAAUUGUAGACCUGCACCAGGCUGGGAAGACUGAAUCUGCAAUAGGUAAGCAGCUUGGUUUGAAGAAAUCAACUGUGGGAGCAAUUAUUAGGAAAUGGAAGACAUACAAGACCACUGAUAAUCUCCCUCGAUCUGGGGCUCCACGCAAGAUCUCACCCCGUGGGGUCAAAAUGAUCACAAGAACGGUGAGCAAAAAUCCCAGAACCACACGGGGGGACCUAGUGAAUGACCUGCAGAGAGCUGGGACCAAAGUAACAAAGCCUACCAUCAGUAACACACUACGCCGCCAGGGACUCAAAUCCUGCAGUGCCAGACGUGUCCCCCUGCUUAAGCCAGUACAUGUCCAGGCCCGUCUGAAGAUUGCUAGAGUGCAUUUGGAUGAUCCAGAAGAGGAUUGGGAGAAUGUCAUAUGGUCAGAUGAAACCAAAAUAGAACUUUUUGGUAAAAACUCAACUCGUCGUGUUUGGAGGACAAAGAAUGCUGAGUUGCAUCCAAAGAACACCAUACCUACUGUGAAGCAUGGGGGUGGAAACAUCAUGCUUUGGGGCUGUUUUUCUGCAAAGGGACCAGGACGACUGAUCCGUGUAAAGGAAAGAAUGAAUGGGGCCAUGUAUCGUGAGAUUUUGAGUGAAAACCUCCUUCCAUCAGCAAGGGCAUUGAGGAUGAAACGUGGCUGGGUCUUUCAGCAUGACAAUGAUCCCAAACACACCGCCCGGGCAACGAAGGAGUGGCUUUGUAAGAAGCAUUUCAAGGUCCUGGAGUGGCCUAGCCAGUCUCCAGAUCUCAACCCCAUAGAAAAUCUUUGGAGGAAGUUGAAAGUCCGUGUUGCCCAGCGACAGCCCCAAAACAUCACUGCUCUAGAGGAGAUCUGCAUGGAGGAUUGGGCCAAAAUACCAGCAACAGUGUGUGAAAACCUUGUGAAGACUUACAGAAAACGUUUGACCUGUGCCAUUGCCAACAAAGGGUAUAUAACAAAGUAUUGAGAAACUUUUGUUAUUGACCAAAUACUUAUUUUCCACCAUAAUUUGCAAAUAAAUUCAUUAAAACUCCUACAAUGUGAUUUUCCUCAUUUUGUCUGUCAUAGUUGACGUGUACCUAUGAUGAAAAUUACAGGCCUCUCUCAUCUUUUUAAGUGGGAGAACUUGCACAAUUGGUGGCUGACUAAAUAGUUUUUUUCCCCACUGUACCUGUUUCCCCGGUAUUUAAGUAGUUGGCUAAUAAAACUCUCAAUUUGUAGUGCAGUUUGAGGGGGCAGAGUGGGAGAGAUCGUUAGCCCAGUCAGACCAGGCCAGACUACCCAGAACCAGCCCCACAGACCCAGACCCAGGGGGCGCAGCCAGCCUUCGGCGGCCCGGUGACAACCCCCCUAUCCUGGGUGAGAGAGUGGACCCCUGCCUGCCCUUGGAGAGACAGGUGUAAGUACCUCCCUCAACCUCUGACUCUCAGUAUAAUUCAAGAAGCCCCCCCCGGCUGUGUGUCACACUGUUUUGUGCCCCUUGCUAUGCGUCACACAGUAAUAUGUCCCCCUUGCAGGUGGUACCAUGGUGCUGUGAGUCGUGCAGAGGCAGAGACUCUACUGACGUUGUGCAAAGAGAGUUCCUACCUGGUGAGGAAGAGCCAGACCUGCCCACAAGACUACUCUCUCUCCCUCAGGUACCUUUACACGCUCUCUCCCUCUCGCAUUCUCCUGAUGUUCUACAUUAUACCAACCACAUCAUCGUAAAUGGGUUUUCCAUGGGUUUUCCAUAUUUAUCUAGGCCCUAAUAAGGUGAUAAGGAUUUUAUAACGCCGCUCUCUAUUUCUGUCUCUCUCUCUCUUUUGCUCUCGCUCUCUCUUCUCUCUCUUUCAGGAGUUGUCAGGGCUUCAUGCAUAUGAAGUUCACUCGGAGUUCAGAGGGUCGCUACGUCCUGGGAGAGAACAGUCCUCCAUUCUCCUCUGUACCAGAGGUCAUCCACUACUACACCAUGCACAAACUACCUAUCAGAGGAGCUGAACACCUGUCUCUGCUCUACCCUGUCAUUGUACAGACUCUCUGACCCUUCUCUACUCAUUAUGUGCAUCCCAAAUGGCACCCUA